AUGGCCGCCACGAUCAGCCCCAGAGGGCCUGCCGCUGAAGGCUCGGCGCCGCGCUGGGGAGCGGAGGAUGGCGAAGGCGGCGACGCCGGCCUCGCCGCGGGUGGCCCCGUCGACGCCGGCGUGGGCGACGACGGCGCCAGCGACGCGGGAAGCGCGGAGAGCUCGGCGGAGCAGCUGCAGCACCGACGACGGCCUGGGAGCCUUCUUCCAGGAGCGAGUCGCCGGAGGACGCGGCAGCUGCGGAAGGAGAGGGUUGCCAAGGACAGUCAAGCACCAGGUGGCGCCGUCGCGGACGAGGCCCCGCCGGGUCCGCCGGCGGGCGGCGCCGCUGGGAGCCCGCGGCCUGCUGCGGGUGAGCCGGCAGAGGCGCCCGCCUCCGAGGAGCCCGCCGGCGGCGGAGCGGGCGACUCCGCGCCCUCGGCGGACGGCUCGGAGGAUCGGGGGGCUCCAGCACCGACGACGGCGGCCUGGGCUCCUUCUUCAAGGCCCCGAAGAAGAAGAAGAAGCUCCUCCGCAAGCCCGCCGACAAGCCUGCCGCGCAGCCGCAGCUCGACGGCGAUGGCGCCGCGGAGCCGGCUGGCGUUGCGGCCCAGGCCGUCGCCCAGGACCGAGGGAGGCCGUGGAGAGCCCGCGCCGGCGGAGACACCGCGGCGGCGGCUGCUGCAGCCCGCCCGCCCAGAAGUCCAGACCUGGCCGCCGGCGACCCCGAGCAGGGGCAGCAUGCCAGCGGCCCCGUCGCCGUCCAGACGCUGCUGGCCGCAGCCCCCGCGCCGGCUGCCCUCGUUCAGCCUGGACGAGGAUGACGCAGAAGAGGAAGAAGAGGAGGAGGACACAACGAGGUCAGCUGCAGCGUCUCGGAAUGCUUGGAAGCAGAGGGGCAUGGAUUCGUCCAGCACCAGGUCCACCGAGGACGCCAUUCCAUCUUACAGGGACGAGGAAAGUGGUUCGGCGUCUGCCAGGGCCAAGAAGACAGGAGCUGGUAUUGCUUCGACUGACGGUGGUGUGCCACGCAGAAAGAAGAAGAGGGGGCGAAUGCCACUGGCAUGUACCGCGCCGUCCCCGGCAUGGCCGCGGACGCGACCAGGAGGGGUGCCACUGGCUCAUCCCGCCGGAGAGCCUGGCGAUCCGCAUGGGCCGGGAGGCGGGCUCCUUCCUCACGAGGCAGUGGCUCGCUCUGCACGCGACCGCAAACGCGGGGAGAGGCGGCGAGGGGCCCCAGAAGAAGAAAAAGUUCCCCGCGCGCCUCCACGCCGGCUGGCUGGCCCAGACGCUGCGGCCGAAGGGGUGGUUGGCGCCCAUCCCAGAGGACGAGGUGAGGCACUUGCCGAUGCCAGAGGAGAGCUCAUCAGCGAGCCGGACCGCGGGCCCCGCAGGCCGUGCGCGGCCGCCGUGGAGAAGGUGAUACUGCGCGAGCUCGGCGGGCUCGCCAUCAGCCCGAGCUGA